AUGGAAACCCAUAGAAAUGUCUCAGAAUUUAUUCUUCUAGGACUUUCUUAUGACCCCAACAUACAAAUAUCUUGCUUUGUGUUUUUCUUGCUCUGUUAUACUGUCCUACUCGGAGGAAACCUUCUGAUUCUGAUCUCUGUCCAGUGCAGUCCUCUAUUUAAUCAACCAAUGUACUAUUUCCUUGUCCACCUAUCAUCUAUGGACAUCUGCUAUACCUCCACUGUUACACCCAAAUUAAUUGCUGACCUGCUUGUGGAAAAAAAGACCAUUUUCUACAGUAACUGCAUGAUCCAGGUAUUUACCAUGCACUUCUUUGGUGGUGUUGAGGUCUUUAUUCUUACAGCUAUGGCAUAUGAUCGUUACAUUGCAAUCUGCAAGCCUCUCCACUAUAUGAUUAUCAUGAGCAGGACAAGAUGCAAUCUCCUAGUCCUCACUGCCUGGGUGUGUGGGGCUAUCCACGCCUUUCCUCUUUUUGCUAUAGCCAUCAGUUUACCCUUCUGUGGUCCAAAUGAAAUCGACCACUAUUUUUGUGAUGUCUUACCUUUACUUAAGAUUGCAUGCACUGAUACCUACAUUGACGGUGUCCUUAUAUUUGUGAUUUCUGGUAUGGUUGCCUUAGUUACUUUUGUUAUCUUAUUUUUUUCUUAUGGAGUCAUACUAUUUUCUUUAAGAAAACAGUCAGCUGAGGGAAGACAGAAAGCCCUGUCUACCUGUGGGUCUCAUAUCACUGUGGUCAUCUUAUUUUUCGCACCUUAUAUAUUUAACUACCUAAGACCUCCUACCACUUUUCCUGAAGAUAAAAUAGUUGCUCUGUUUUACAUCAUCAUUGCCCCUAUGUUCAAUCCCUUAAUCUACACGCUGAGAAACACUGAGAUGAAAAACACACUGAGAAAAGUGUGGUGUCGAACAUGCCUUUCCAAAGAAUCACACACUUAG